AUGUUCCGCCGUCCCCCGCGCAACUUCCGCGGCCGGCGGCGCGCAGCCUCCAGCGGCAGCAGCGACGGCGAGCCGGAGCCACAGCCGGAGCCGGCCGCAGCCCCGUCCCCGGACUCAGCUCCAUCCCCGGACUCAGCUCCGUCCCCGGACUCGGGCGCCAGCUCGCCCUCGGAGCGGGAAGCGGAGCCCUCGGAGGCCGAGGGCGAUCCCGGCGCGGAGCGGGCGCUGCCCGCGGAGGAGCCGGCCCGCAGCCCCCGCGGGCGGGCGCGCAGAGCCGGGGCGGGCCCGGGCCCGGGGCAGCGCAGAGCCGGGGCCGCAGCGGGGCCGGUCCAGGCCGGGAAGGAGCUGCUGAGCUUCGGCGGCGAGGAGGAGCGGGAAGGUGAAGAGUUUUUUAAAGUUAAAAAGCCAUCCUUCAAUGAAGUAACCUUUAGAAUUAAAAAGAAGGAAAGCUUACUGCCUGCACAGACAGAAGCUGAAGAAAGCAAAAAAAUCUGUCAGUUGGAGCCUGGAGUUGGCAACACCAAAGGUACUCAUGAAGAGGAUGAGGACAAUGAGGAUGAAACUUAUUCUUCACUGAAUGAGGAUUACAACAGCUCAAAUUCUGAAAAUGAAUCUGACUCUCCACAGAGGGGAAAGGAUUUAUCACCAGGCAAUAUCCCCAGUGCAGCUCAGGUUGAGGCUGCUCGGAGGAAGCGACACUUAGCCAGGACAGAGGCUGAUUAUCUUGCCCUGGAUGUUUCAAACAGUCCUCAGGUCCCUCAGAGAAGAGGAAGCAGUGAUUUGGAGAGUGAAGAUGAGUCUGAAACAAAGAAUCUUGAUUUUGCUCCUAGAAUGAGAACUCUUAGGCAGAGGAUGACUGAAGACAUGGUGUCUCUGGGUGAUGCAUCAAGUGACGAUGAAGCCAAGUGGGAAGAGCAGCAAAUAAAGAAAGCUGUUAAACUCUCUCAGGAAAUUUGUGAUGAUGCCUCUGUGCGUAAAUAUCAGCCAACCAAACCCAAGUUUGAUACCUCUGUUUCUCUACCACCUGUGAAUUUGGAAAUUGUGAAGAAGAGACUGACUGAAAGGAUAACAUCCUUACAGGAUGUGCACCGUGCCCACCAGAGAGAGUAUGAAAAAUAUAUGGAGGAUAUUGAGAGCUCAAAGAUGUCUGUCCAGGAGCUGGAAAAGUCUUCAGAUGCAGCUCUGAAUUACAAAUUCUACAGGACCAUGAAAACAUAUGUAGAAAACUUGAUAAACUGUUUGAAUGAAAAAUUGAAGGACAUUAAUGAGCUGGAAUGGGCUGUGCAUGCCCUUCUGCAGCAACGAGCCGUGAGAGUAUCGAAGCGAAGGCAGGAGGAGCUGAAAAAUGAAUCUGCUUAUAUUCAGCAUCUGACAAGUGGGAAUGACAAACCAGUGAAAAGCAAAUUGGAAGGUGGUGAGAAGACACAGGUUCUGGAAAUGUGUGAGCAUCGAAGGGCUUGCAGGCGGCAGGCGAGGGAGUGCUCAGGAGAAGGAGAUCACCACGAAGGCUUGUCCAGUGAUGAGGAGCUGACUCCCACAGAGCGGGACGAGUUCCAGAAGAGCAAAGAUAACGUUUUAGAGGAUAGUAGGAAAAUCUUUGAAGAUGUACAUGCAGAUUUUUGUGACAUCAGAAAAAUCCUGUUGAAAUUCCAGGAAUGGAAAGAGAAGUUUCCUGACUCUUACUGUGAUGCUUACAUCAGUUUCUGCCUACCUAAGUUAUUAAACCCAUUGAUCAGAGCUCAUUUAAUAAGUUGGAAUCCUCUUGAGCAGAAUUUUACAGAGUUGGAAGAGAUGCCCUGGUUCAGAGCUAUAGAAGAAUUCAGUGAUGCAGAAAAUGUAUCUGCAUCAAAAAGAGAUGAUGAUCAUGAUAAAGAAGUUUUGCCUAGAGUGAUUGAAAAAACUGUUCUUCCCAAAAUUACAGCAUUUGUGAAGAGUGUGUGGGAUCCUUUAUCUACUUCACAGACAAAGAACCUUGUACAGCUUUGCAAUAACAUCUUUGGAAAACAAAUCCUUGCCAAAAACGAGUCCAGGCAAGCAAGAGAGGAUUUGAUGAACACGGUUGUCCUAAGAAUGAAGAAAUCUGUAGAGGAAGAUGUCUUUAUUCCUCUGUAUCCUAAAAGCACUGUGGAAGACAAGUCAUCACUACGUUCAAAAUUUCAAGAGAGACGGUUUUGGUCAGCUGUUAAGCUGCUCUCCAACGUUGUUCUUUGGGAUGGGAUUGUCCAGGAAGACAAGGUCCGUGAUUUGGGCCUGAGCAAGCUGCUGAAUCGUUACCUUCUGCUGAACAUCCUGAACACACCACUAGGGCCAGAUAACAUCAAAAAGUGUAAUAAGGUGGUUGCAUGCCUCCCAGAAAGAUGGUUCCAAGAUCUUAAGGGUGGAUCAACUCUCCCUGAAUUACUGAACUUCAGCCAGCACUUGCUGCAAUGUGCCCGUGAGCUACACAAGGACAACCACAGUGAUGAAACAAAAGAAGUUCUUCUCCUGCUGGUGAAAAUUGGAGCUUUGCAUAUUGUAGAAGACUUCAUUGAAGAGCAUAAACUUGAACACCUUAAAGCAAUGAUUGGGAAAUAGAAACUUUUGAAGGAAUGCUUACAUUACUGAAACAAGCCACAGUGAACCAGUUCUAAUAUGAAAUUUAAUUAGUGGAUCCUGCCUACUCAGAGGUAGAGGUAGUCACUAUCUUGGUGUUAAAUACAUGAGGUGUUUUUUCAAAAUGUCUUUUAUGGCCUUCUACUCCUAGAUUAGGGAAUAUUUAGAAAUUGCAGUUGUCAAAGCAAUGGUUCAGGCAUUCUAAAAUGUUUGACAGUGCUUUAGUGCUGUAUCCUUCUUGAAUGGAAUCCUGCAAACAGAAAGUGCCUGUGAACUUCAUCCCUGC